AUUGUUGGUCAAACCCUUUCCCCUCCCUUUUCCCCCUUUUCUCUCCUCAACCUCUUCUCAAUCUCCAGGUUAGGGUUUUUGGGAUCUGUAAUCAUUAACUUGUCGGGAUCUCAUCCUCAUAAAACCCUAAUCUUGGACCAACCGAUUUACGCCUUAUUCUUACGUUUCCCCAAUUUGCAGAUUUCCUACCUCUGGACCCCAAUCUCCUAUCUUCAUUGUUUCUACAAUCAAUUCAUCAGUUUGCUAAUGUAACUUAUUCUUAUCUACAUAUGAAUGUUUAUACGAGCGUAUUCCUAUUCCUAUUCCUGUAGUUAUACUGUUGUAUGUAACAAUUAUUUGUGAGAUAUGAAGCAUCCGAAGAAGAAGAAGAGGCCCAGACCUCCAAUUUCCAAGUCGAAGCAAACGGCUGGAUGUCAAAUUCCUACCCCUGGUCAGAUUGAUGGCCAUUCUGGGGGUUUGAAUGCUUUGACAGAAGGAAUUGCUUCUUUUUCCAUUGAGGAAGCGAUGGCCUUCUCAAACCGAGACGAUGCUGCUGCAGAUAUCGCUGGGAAUUUGACAGAGACGGCUUCCAGUUCGAGUGCUAAUCGCGACGAUGAUGCUGCAGAAAUUUUUGGGAAUUUGACAGAGACGGCAUCGAGCUCGAGUGGAAGCUCUGGUUUAUCGAAUUAUGAUGGUUAUGAUAGAAGGAUCGGAGGCAAGGUUACAAAAGGGAGUAGGGGGAACAAAGUGAUAGCUGCAACUGGAAUGGUGUCAACUGUGAUUGGGAAGGAUUAUGUGCCUACAUCUAACAGGAAAAGAGGGAUUUCUAAGUGGAAGGGAUCUGGUGAUGGAGCUGUGAGCCAUGAAGAUGCUGAACAGUUUUUGUGCUCGAUGCUUAGUGACGAUUGUGAACUGGGCAUGGAUUUGGUCAAGGACGUGCUCUGUCAGUCUGCUUAUGAUGUUGAAAAGGCCUUGGACAUACUGCUUGAAUUAACUGCUCCCCCAUCUGAACACUCCAAGAGUGGUGAAUAUCACAACUUAAAUGCAAGAAGUAAAGAUACUAGGUCUCUUCUAGAAUCAAGUAACAGUUUGACUGAUAGGACAUCUGACUUAGCUUCGUCAUCUGAAAGUGAUCUCCAGGGUAAUGUACCAUAUAUGGGCUGUAAUGACAGGAAUUAUUUUGAUGUUCUUGCUAAUUGUGGAACUCAACAUCCGUCUGUCCCGAAAACUCCCUCUGAACUGACUCAGGAUGUGUUAGAAUCUCUGUUCAAUACACGAAAGAGUUCAAAACACGAACCAGACAGCAUGAACUGGAGGAAUGUAGUAAAAAAGAUGGAGUCACUUGGACAGAUGUUUGACUGCCCUUCAGAUGAUACAGUGGAGAAGCAGCAUGUUCCUGCCAAAGGAGAUGAUUAUCAGACCUACAGGAAUACCGCCAGUCAGCACUGGGAUUCGAUGAAAUCCUGCUAUCACAAGGCUGCAACUGCAUAUGCAAAUGGAAAGCGGGAACAUGCAGCAUAUCUUUCCGAUCAGGGAAGGAUGUACAAUGAAAAGGCUCGACAAGCAGAUCAAAGGGCUAGCCAGGACAUAUUCAGUUCAAGGAACAAGAACAUUGAAAAUGUGAUAACCAUCGAUCUACAUGGACAACACGUGAAACAAGGGAUGAAGCUUUUAAAACUUCACCUCUUAUUUGGCGCAUAUGUUCGUUCUGUGCGGCUGUUCAGAGUUAUCACAGGAUGUGGGAGUCACGGACUUGGGAAGUCAAAGCUUAAACAGUCGGUUGUUAAUCUGUUAGAAACGGAAAACAUUGAAUGGAAGGAAGAAAAUAGAGGAACUCUGCUAAUCAAACUGAAUGGGCAGAGAGAGUUUAGCUUCUUGGACUCUGAUAGUGACACCGAGUAAUCGUUUUCUUGCUUCCAACGACCAUAUGGGAUUCUCCGUGUUGUAUGAUGAAGUAAGCUACGAGGUUAGAGUUGAUUCCUUGAGGAAAUCAUGUUAUUGUGACGGUUGUAAAUUAACCAAAGAUUAGUUUGCAUAGACUCAGGAUUAGUCGUAAAUUAUGCUAGUCCUUUUUUCAUCUUAACGAACAUUGUUUGUAUUUAUCUAUAACUUGAAGACAAGAAAAAUCUUUGUUACAGACUCUUUGUCGUAUUUUGGUCCUUGGGCCCCCUUUGGUAUGCAAAUGGAACAUGACUGGAUUGAA